AUGCUACAAGGAUCUGAAUCAAGACCGUCCAAUGUCGGAAUCCACGCCGUAGAAAUCUACUUCCCCAAAAAGUGCGUGGAUCAAACUGAAUUGGAAAAGCACGACAAGGUCUCGGAAGGCAAAUACACUAUCGGAUUGGGCCAAACUCGCAUGGGCUUCUGCGAUGACCGGGAAGACAUCAACUCCAUUUGUCUCACUGCUGUCCAAAACUUGAUGGAAAAGUACAACAUUGCCUACACCGAUAUUGGACGUCUCGAAGUUGGAACUGAAACCAUCACUGACAAGUCCAAAUCAACAAAGACGGUCCUCAUGACCCUCUUUGCAGCCUCUGGAAACACAAACAUUGAAGGUGUCAGCACCACUAAUGCUUGUUACGGUGGUACUUCUGCCUUAUUCAAUGCCUUGAACUGGAUUGAAUCUUCUUACUGGGAUGGCCGUUACGCUUUGGUCGUUGCUGGUGAUAUCGCAGUCUACAAGGAAGGAAAUGCUCGUCCAACUGGUGGUGCUGGUUGUGUUGCCAUUUUGUUGGGUGCUAACGCUCCAAUUGUCUUUGAUCGUGGUCUCCGCGCUAGUUACAUGGAACACGCUUGGGACUUCUUCAAACCAGACUUGUCUUCCGAAUACCCAGAAGUCGACGGCAAGCUAUCUGUUGAAUGCUACUUACGUGCUAAUGACAAGUGCUACAACCUCUACAUGGACAAGCUGAAAAAGGCUGGUGAAACUGACCCAACCUUGGAAUCUGCUGCCAGCUACUUCUUGUUCCACUCUCCAUACACCAAGCUCGUCCAAAAGUCAUUUGCCCGAUUGGCAUUCAAUGACUUCCUCCGUCACCAAAACGACCCUAGGUUUGCUGCAUUCUCACAAUUCCAAGGAAUCAAGCCUGAAGACACCUACUCCAACCGCGACGUUGAAAAGGCUUUCAUGGACUUCACCAAGGACUUAUUCAAGAAGAAGGUCGUGCCAUCUUUACUCUGUGCUAAGGAAAUCGGAAACAUGUAUUGUGGUUCCUUGUAUGGUGGUUUGGCAUCUCUCCUUUCUGAAGUCCCAUCAUCCGAGCUGCUAAACAAGAGAGUUGUCAUGUUUUCGUAUGGAUCUGGGCUGGCCUCAUCCAUGUUCUCAUUCACUGUAGUGGGUGAUACAUCAUCAAUCGCCGAAAAGCUCUCUGUUAGAGAACGAUUAGCUGCCAGAACAGUUGUUCCUCCAGCUCAAUAUGACGCUGUCAUGCAUUUGAGAGAGGAGACUCACCAACUGAAGGCUUAUGACCCCAAGUCAUCUAUUGAUACUGCCAACGAGUUCCCUGGUACCUUCUUCUUGCAACGUGUUGACGAAAAGUUCAGACGUGCAUAUGGACGUACCCCUGUUACUGGAGACACUGCUACACACAUCAUCAAUGGAGUCUCUUACUAG